AUGGUCCCCCCCAUCAAUCCACGUGACGCCUUCUAUGGAGGAAGAACGGGGGCUGUGGCAUUACAUUGUAAAGUGAAAGACCCCGAUCUUAUUAAAUAUUCAAAUGUGACGUCACUUUACCCAUGGGUAAACAAGUAUAUGGAGUACCCCGUCAGGUUCCCCCUCAUCUAUACGAAUCCUAGGGAUCAGGACAUCGACCAUUAUUCUGGGGUCGCCAAAGUGGACAUCUUGGCCCCCCAGUUUUUGUUACACCCUGUCCUCCCCUAUAGAGCUGGUGGCAAGCUGACUUUCCCUCUCUGUGCUGCUUGUGUCAAAGAGGAGCAAGAAAAACCAUGGUUAGAACGAACCAACAUCUGUUCUCACACCGAUCAAGAGAGAACCCUGAGAGGAACC